AAGGAACUGACGGAGCUGGAUAAUGACAAGACGUAGCACGCAGUCCCACCACCCUACUGCGCAGGAAUGUAUGUGGCCACCUAGAACCUGCACCCGUGACAACCGCGUCCACCGAUCGAAUCGACGCACAAGAACACGAGCGAGCGAGCGAGCACCGACAGGGGUCGUUGCAAAGGUCCGGUUUUACCGAGGGUCCGAGGGAGCAGUAGUGGUACAGUUCGUUCGAGUCGGAGAUUCAGAUCAUGGCUCAGAGAGAGAGAGAGACAGACAGAGGAAGGUACAAGAAGGAAGACGCUGCGUGAUGUCACCUCCUCAUGCCUCACAAGGGUACGUGGGGUAGAUGCAUGCCAUGGCGCCAGACAGUUGCUUCCGUCAUGACGUAUCCGAAUUUGGCGAGACAAAUGACAGUCGCUCACAGUGUCACUCGGGGGCGGGUCCUGACUUCUGAGCUGCUGCCGACGCCGUCCUGUAAUUAGCUCUGGCCAGUCCAGCCAGUGCCAGAGGCAGGCAGAACGGCCGGACGGGAGUUCCGCGGAUGCGGAUUGGUGAUGGAAAGCUGAUCUUCGCCACAAGAUUCAACUUCGCAGAGAGCCAUAGGAGCACUUUGAAGGAGUCGAGGAAGGUUCCGGGAGAGGUUCGCAAGGCCGAUGUACAGUCCUUGGACCCAUAUUCUAGACGUCAUAUCACCUGAGCACAUAAGAGAAGGCCAGGCUAAAUCACUCCGAGGACGAGUGGCGGAUCUUGGGACGAUUUUGGAAGGUAGAAGACUUUUGCCUGGCUGGAUGGAUGGAUGGUGCAUUUGUGUAGCUCAGCUCUAUACACAGGGUAUACAUAUAAAUAUAAGCAUGUCCUUGAUUCUGGCCUGGCAACGUCCUUGCUCAGGAUCUAGACUCUUGGUUUGCUGUACAUAUUUCACUGCACGUGUAAGCUUGGCGAUAAGUGGGGAAAAGGGUGCCGGAGGGGAGACAACUGAAGGGAGGGUAGAGCAGUGCAGCAGCUCAGAUCAGAUCUAGCUAUGGCUAGGUGAUAUGGAUUUGAAGAUUUCCACAUACUAAGGUGGCAUAGCUAAUCUAGAGCUGAGGAAGGUCCCGUGGGAGAUUCAUGGGCAAUAAUUUGGAUUAAACAAAUACAGAUUGAAUUUGCUUUCACAUGGCCCCAUAUGAGGCAGACCCCGUCGAUUGGAUGCUUGAUAUGUGGCUUGCAGACCAACAGCAUCUGCCCUGCUUUUCGUGAAAAGGGCUCAGUGGAGUUCAUAGGAUCAAGUUUGCUAGAUCCUAUGGUGAUGGUGAAGUCCUACAGGCUGAGCCCAGGCUUUAUGGAAAUAUUAGCCAUCUUAUGAGGCAUUGUAAAACUAGUCCUUUGCUUUGAGCAACUUUGUUCCUGCUUCUCAUGGUCCUUCUCAGAGUUGGCUUUCUGCUUCACCACCUCCACAACAAGUCAAAACAUGCACGCUCGUACUAGUCGAUGUAUUAUUUUUUUGCCAUGUAUGACAUGACCCACUUUGUCAGACGUACGAAUCUUCAUGCCGCAGAUCAUGUGUUUUACAGUGUUUGCCUUAGAAGAUUCGGCAUACAAGAGGAUAAGUCUUAGAGAGGAUUUGUGUUCGA